CAGUAUACUUGCCGAAACAUGCGACACGGGGUGUGCGCAUAGUUUGGUCCGCUGGAGAUGCGUUGUCUGGUCUUAGAAGCCUUUUUUUUUUUUAGCUGCUGGUGUUGCUUUCGUUGACUAGAUGGCAGAUCGAAUAGAACCACCUGGACAGUAUGCGCAAGUGUUUAUCGUUUGUUGCGUUGCGUGUUGUAUGGCCUUGUGCUUGAACACGUCUUGUGUUGUGUGUGCUUGCUUCCAAAGGAACAAGAGGUAAUAGUACAAUAUUACUCGAUGGAAUUGUCCAAGAAAACGACUCGCGCGCCAUGGUUGGUCAGAGGCUGCAGCCAUGAGCAGCUGCUCCUGUACUGUACCAGUACAUGGUGUGGCGGCGGUAGAGACGCAGAGAGCCCGCGCGCGAGGAGGAAGAGGUCGUCGCUGGACUCCGGCCGCCUCACCCAAAUCUCAACUCGGCAACCGGGGCAAGCGAACGACUCUCCCAGCUGCCUCCCGUCAUCGGCGUUUGCCAGGUCGCGCUGCCACGCGGGCCCCGCCCCCACCGCUCAGCUUAGCUGGCCGGCCGUGGACGCGGUCGGGCUCGCGAGCGAAUCAAUAUAGCAGCAGGCAGCAGGCAGCGGCCGAGCUCACCGCGACGCGCGACCGACCGCGUCUGCCGGAGCAUGGCCGGGCGCGACCGCCGCGGGGCGCUGGCUCCCUCGUCGUCGGGGCGGCGCACGCCGGAGCAGGAGCGCUGGGCGUGGAGCCCCGCGUGGUCGCGCCCGCUUUCCGACCGCAGCACCACCAGCAGGGGCAGCAGCUCCUCCUCCUCCUCCUCCUCCUCAUUCAGGUCCCUGUUCCGCUCCAUCGGGGUCUGGUUCACCUCGCUCUCCACCACCAGCACGUCGUCCGGCGCCAGGAGGCGGCGGAUCAAGGAGGCCGCGCCGGCGGCGGUUGACGUGAUCAAGAAGCCGCCGUUGCCGGCGCACGCCGGGAAGUCGUCCGCCCGCGGGCUCUACGGCGGCAGCGGCUACCGGAACGGCAGCGGCCGGCAGCAGCUGCGCCCGUCGUUCCAGAGCUCCGUCUUCUCCAUGGAGGAGAUCCUCCGGGCCACCACCAACUUCUCGCCGGCGCUCAAGAUCGGACAGGGCGGUUUCGGGGCCGUUUACAAGGGCGUCCUCCCCGACGGCACCGUCGUCGCCGUCAAGCGCGCCAAGAUGCGGAUGCAGAACCCUCACGUGGACGUGGAGUUCCGCAGCGAGGUCAAGAUCAUGGCGCGCAUCGAGCACCAGAGCCUGGUGCGCUUGUACGGCUACAUGGAGUGCGGCGAGGAGCGCAUCGUGGUCGUCGAGUACGUCCCCAACGGCACCCUCCGGGAGCACCUCGACAGAUGCAACGGGCGGUUUCUCGACUUCGGGACGCGCCUGGACAUCGCCAUCGACGUCGCCCACGCCGUCACCUACCUGCACAUGUACUCCGACCACCCCAUCAUCCACCGCGACAUCAAGUCCUCCAACAUCCUCCUCACCGACUCGCUCCGCGCCAAGGUCGCCGACUUCGGCUUCGCCCGCCUCGGCGCCGGCGAGGCCACGCACGUGACGACGCAGGUCAAGGGCACGGCGGGGUACCUGGACCCGGAGUACCUCAAGACCUGCCAGCUCACGGACCGCAGCGACGUCUACUCCUUCGGCGUGCUCCUCGUCGAGCUCGCCUCCGCGCGCCGCCCCAUCGAGACCAAGCGCGAGAUGAAGGAGCGCCUCACCGCGCGCUGGGCCAUGUCCAGGUUCAUCGGCGGCAGCGCCGCCGACGUGCUCGAUCCGCACCUCGCGCGCACGCCCGCCGCGGAGCGCGCGCUGGAGAUGCUGCUGGAGCUCUCCUUCCGGUGCAUGGGGCCCGUCAGGCAGGACAGGCCCGCCAUGAGCGACUGCUGCAGGGCACUCUGGACCAUCAGGAAGACCUACAGGGACAUGCUCGCCGCCGAUGUCACGCCCCAGCACUCCGACCGACCCACCGGCGAUCUCUGGAGGAUCUGAUGCCUGAUCCAACGCAACAACCUUAUUACACUAUUGCUACUAACUGAUUUGGUUUGACUUUGACAUUAACUCUGCUCUGCUGUAAAUACCAAACAAACAAUUGUUGUUGCAUUUCUUCUUAUCAAUUACAUUUUACUAGCCUAGUUGCUCCUGAUCAAGUCCGUGCUAUUAUCGUGCACCUAGCUAAUGUCACUUCUGAAGUGCUACCUGGACUGGAGGGCACGGUAGCGACGCUCAGUUUGCAUGGCCACAUCGUGCUGGUGUUCCUCAUAAAGCAGGUGCCAUUGGCAAUGUACUGCAAGUCACCGGUUUGCCUAAGCCUGAUGAAUCAUUUUUUUUUUGCAGCUGUCUGUUUAACUCUGCUGUAAAGGGUAGAUGGAUUUGGAGGCAUACAGUAGAAGCAAAAUGCUCGAGAGGGAAGUCUUGCUUUUAUAUUCAGUUUUUUUUUAGAAAAAAAAAACACUGAUUCACCUAGCUGGUGAGGUAUGUUGAAUUUAAGAGAUUUGAUGUUGGAGGGGGUGUCCAAGGAAUCUACUUCAGGCAAUUGUUCCAGAAUUCAUUUCUGGGAAGAUUCUUGGACCACCGAUAAACCUCUAGCUAUCUGUACCCUGACAUAUAUGCUACAACGGCCUGCAAUACAAUCAACAUAGUACUGUCUGGCAACAACAAA